UUGCUCUAUUUUUGGUGAAAUAUGCAUGGUCCUUCGAUUGAUUUUUCUAAUUCGAUUAUGCAAUAUGUUUUCUGCACAAAUCCAGGAACAAGUGUCCUUUUACACUACAUUUUUACAGUAUACUUUCUAAGGGAAGGGUUCCCUAGUUCAACAGACAAUUUUGAUACAUACCCAUCAUGGCCUCUGGGAUGCCCAGCAUAGUCUUCUCACUGCCCAGCAGUCAGGACAUGAUGGAAUCAGCCGGGCAGUUGAUUGAUCGAGCCCUUCAGGAAGAUAGAAUGUACCUCGACUUGGCUGAUCUUCUCAGAGUUCCUGCACAUAACCAGCCAAAUGUGAGUGGCCUUCAGGAUUUUGACUAUCCCAGUUUGAUAGAUGCACGUGUAAGUAUGGAUACCUUGCGUGAACUGAGUGAUGUGAAACGUGUGCCACUCCCUCCUGAACUAGUGGAGCAGUUUGGACGCAUGCAGUGCAGGUGCACAACCGGAUUCUUUCCAGAAAUCGAACGAGUUUGGUUGACAAUUGACAGUGAUAUAUUUGUCUGGCGAUUUGAAGAUGGGAGAGAUUUGGCUUAUUUUGAUGGCCUGACUGAGACUGUUUUGACAGCAUCCCUGGCACACCCAAAACCAGGCAUAUUUCAGCCCCACAUUCAGUAUCUUUUGUGUGUGGCAACUGCAGUCGAUAUCGUAUUAUUGGGUGUUAGUUUCAGAAUACCACAGGAUGGAAGUCCCGGUGAUUUGCAUGACAGGGAAAUGCACCUGCUGCCAGACCCGCUCUUCUCCGUGCCCACUGACAAACACAUGCUGUCCAUUACCAGUAUGGACAGUGGCAGAAUAUUCCUGGCCGGUAAAGAUGGUUGCCUCUACGAACUGGCUUAUCAGGCUGAUGAUGGCUGGUUCAGCCGUAAGUGCAGACUAAUCAACCAUUCAACCGGAUUGUUGUCCUAUUUCAUGCCGUCAUUCUUAAAUUUUUCCAUCAGCGAGGAAGACCCUCUUGUGCAAAUAGCAGUAGACAAUUCUCGGAACAUUGUAUAUACGCGUUCAGAAAAAUGCACCAUAAAGGUCUACGAUUUGGGAGCUGAUGGAACAGGGAUGUGCCAAGUGACUGCCAUACCCUUAGAAUCUAUUGUGCAGCAUGCUUCCCAGGUGGCAAGGACAAUAGACCGUUCCAACUUCAAACCCAUUGUACACUUGGCUCCAGUAACAAGAUCGGAGUCAAAUAACCUUCAUUUAGUGGCUGUUACAAAAGCAGGUGUCCGACUGUAUUUUUCCACAACGCCUUUCGGUCACUUUAAAAGCCGCCCGAACAUUCUGGCGUUAGUGCAUGUUCGAUUGCCUCCAGGAUUUUCAGCUAGUGCCUCUCCUAGGAAACCAACAAAGGUGCACAUGGCUUAUCACAGGAGAGGGUCAUUGUUGUUGGCAUCAUCCAUAACUGAGAACGAGGAUUUGAUCUGGGCCACUAGCUGUGAUUCCUUCCCUUUCCAGAAUCAACUCAUGGAAACACAGACUACAAUGGCUAUUGAUGGGACAACCUGGGCUAUAUGUGAAUUACCCUACCCCCCAUUUGGGUAUGCAGCAACCACAAAAGACGCAGAGGGCGGAAUUCGCUGCGAUCCACCGGUUGUUGUUACUCAACAUGUGGAAAUGUCAAGGAAAUUUGUCUUCUUGAAUUCACAGGGUAUCUGCAUUGUUCACAAGAUGCGACCUGUGGACCAGUUGCGUCAGAUUCUAAUGGACAAGCAGGGUCCUGAUAAUGAGGAAGUGAAGGCUUUCUUCAAACUGCAUAAGGUGGAUCAGGCCUGUGCCACGUGUCUCCUGUUAGCCUGCUCCAAACUACAUGUAGACCAGCAGGUUGGAGAGUGGGCCAAGAUGGCUUUUUUCAUGUAUGGUGGUGAAGCAGUGUACAACAUGCCUACACCAGGUUUGCCGCACUCCUUGGAUCAGUCUGUAUUCUCUGGUGGAGCCCUUUCUCCAGUCUACACUCAAAUGACAACACCUGGCAACACCUUCAUGAUUCCUCCUGGAGCAUAUCCCAGUGGAUACCCCUCCGCGGUGUCCAGCCCCGCUCCAGAAACCAUAAAGCAAAUUUUGGCUAAGUAUAAAAUGAAACGAACAGUUCUAUGUGUUGCUUUUCCUUCAAGGCUUUCAUCCCUGCGGAUUUCCACCCCAGCCCAGCUUCCUGCCCAGCAUGCCUUUCUUCACGGUGGGAGUACAUUCUUCUCAGGAAAACUGAAUGGAAUUUGCAUAUACCUGGGCCGUAUUCUGAGACCACUGUGGGAGUCCUAUAUAGUUACAGAGUUUCCUCACCAAACACCACAGGGAACAUUUACCUAUCUGACCAGCAGUUUCAAGACAGCAGAGCUGAACUAUGUGUUGGAGUUGGCUGGAGACCUGAGGCACUUUGUGAAAUGCAACUCAAAAUUUGAUUCUACCCUCCAGGCAGAAAGUGCGUCUGUCCACGACACAAUGGGCAUACCUCGCCACAUAAUGCUACACAGAGAAGGGGGGCAGGUGGAUGAACAAACUGGACUGAAGCUCCAAGCUGAGGCCACAAAACUGGAGAAAUGCUCUUUACACAGCAUUGAAAAUCUUCUCUCACACACGUGUGAAGUGUUGGGUCUUCUCAAGGUACUGGUAGACCAUCAGUUUCACAUCUUGGCUGCUAAUCUUCCCAAGGAUCAUCAAGAUCAGCUAAGGGCAAUGACUUUCAAACAGCUUGUUGUAAAUGGGAAAGAAAUGUGUGGAGCACUCAUCACUUGUUUAAUUAACCGUUAUCUGGAUGACAAUGCCACAAUUAAUGCCAUAAGCAGUCGAUUAAGAGAGAUUUGUCCCUCACUGUACAGCCAAGAUGAUGCAGUCUGCUCUAAGGCCAAUGAAUUAUUGCAAGCUGCUAAAUCCAAUCCAAACCAGUCAGAAAAGAGAGAACAGUUGAAAGAGGCCCUUCAGUUGUACAAGGAUGUUGUAUGCCCUCUGAACCUUCCUGCUGUGUGCAAUAGCUUUGCAAGUGUGCGUUUCUAUGAGGGUAUUGUUGACCUAUGUCUGACCGCUGCUCAGAAACAUGACCCCUCCAAUCUAGCCCUUCACUUUUACAAGAGUGGGGAGCCAAUGGAGGACACAGAUGGCAUGCAGUACUACCUAAAGAGACGUGACUGUUACGCAUGUAUUUUGGAAACUUUUGGUUACCUGCUGUCUCAGAGCAUUGCCCACCCUCAGGCUCCCAGUGUGCCCAAAUCUCCGGGGCCUCCCCCUGCCCCAGACCCUGACAGACUUUCCAACUUGGAGGCAGAGAAAUAUAAGGAACAGGUCUUCAGAAUGGCACUGAGGUCAGAUGAUGAGUUGUUUCAUGUGUCACUGUAUGAAUGGCUCGUCAAGAAAAACCUUUCUGAACAACUUCUGCAGAUCCAGUCUCCGUUCUUGGAACCAUUCUUGAAAAGGAGGACCGGCACCCAGGCAGAGAGCACAGCCAUGAUGGAUAUGUUGUGGAAAUACUACGAGAAAACACGCAAUUUCCCUGCAGCUGCCAAAAUUUUAGCAUGUUUAGCAGAAAGACAUGGAAAUGACAUCCCACUCACCCAACGUUUGGAGUAUUUAUCCCGGGCCAUUAUAUGUGCUAAGAGUUCAGGAACAACUGUCAGUUCUGCAACAGAGGGAGAAUUUCUUCAUGAACUGGAGGAAAAGAUGGAGGUUGCAAGAUUACAGAUGCAGGUGUAUGAUGCAAUAAGUAAACUGAACAUGGGCUUACCUGAUGUGGUAGAGGCAGCAAAACGUUUGGACUCCAACCUUCAUGACAUAACGACGUUGUAUGAAGACUUUGCUGAUCGGUUCCGGCUGUUUGAGUGUAAGCUCGCCAUUGUGCAAUGUGGAGGUCUUCAUGACUCUGCACUGGUGGAAGAUUUAUGGCUCAAUAUAAUUGACAGAGAAUUUGCUGAAACUGUGGGACUGUCAGCAGCAAGCAGGAUGGCCACCAUCAAUGCCAAAUUGGUGUCCAUUGGUAGACUAUAUGUAAACACAGAGCAGUACUUUCCAUUAGCCUUCAUUGUGAGAUAUUUAGAACAGCGGAGCUGUGAGAUGAAUUUUGACUCUAAAUGGACAUUCAGAACUAUGUUGGAGACCGGUGUCAAGAUCCCCGUGCUCCAUGAAAUCUAUGACCGAUUGUUCAGAUCAAAGGACCCUUACUGGCAGACCAUUAAGAGACCACUCCACCUGCUUACAGUUUUGCAUGGGCUGUUACAAUGCUAUACCCAGUCCCCUCAACAGUUACAGCCAAUUGAAAGACGCAAGUUCACAGCUGUUUGCCAUGAUGCCAUUGCCAACUAUUUGGUGGAGUUACAAGCCAUGAGCUCCUCAGAGCCAGGGGUUUCCACCCUGAUGCAGCACUUCAAGUUAUUACAAGUCACCCUUGACAGACUUUAGCAUACCUUGAGAGAAAACUUGAAUAUUUUUGUUUUGUACUACUGGUCUAUUAGUAUGCUAAUAUUAUUGUACCUGCUGGUACUGCUAUUUGUGCUGGCAAUAAAAAGAAAGUUAAAAAUAAAAAUUAUGGGAUCUGAUAUUUUGCAGAGUGAUCCAUAUGAAUGUCUUAUCAUAUACAUUGCUAGAUGUACAUAGAACAGGUGAACUUAAAUAACAUACCUGUCUCUCAUAUAACUUAUGAAAUUCAUUAAAUAAGAUUAUAAUAAAUGUACCUGUGGUUAAAAGACCAAUAUUCUGUGCUUAUAAAACUGUUUUCCCCAUUUUCACUUCAGUUUCAUGUAAUUAAAAAAAUAUU